CAGCCGGACCAGCCCCAGGCUGUGGAUGUCGUAGAAGGCAGCCAUGAUGGGGCUCUCCCAGAGGCAGCCUGGCCCAUGGCUGCUGUUCCUCUUGGUGGCGGUGGUCUGGCCCCAACCCUGCAUGAACCUGGAGCUGAUCCCCUACACGCCGCAGAUAGCAGCCUGGGACCUGGAAGGGAAGGUGACGGCCAGCACAUUUUCCUUGGAGCAGCCGCGCUGUGUGCUGGACAGUCAUGCCAGGGCUGCCAACACUGUCUGGCUGGUGGUGGCCUUCAGCAACGCCUCCAGGGACUUCCAGAACCCAAAGACGCUGGCUGAGAUCCCAGCCUCCCCACAGCUGCUGACGACUGACGGCCACUACAUGACGCUGCCCUUGUCCCUGGACCAGCUCCCCUGCGAGGAUCCCGUGGGUGGCAGCAGCAUCUCGGUGCUGCGGGUGGGCAAUGACCCUGACUGCCUGGCUGACCUCCGCCAGCCACCCUACUGUAAUGCCCCCCUCCCCGGCCCUGGACCUUACAGGGUGAAGUUCCUCCUGCUGGACACCAGGGGCUCCGCCCAGGCCGAGACCAGGUGGUCCGAGCCCAUCACCCUCCACCAAGGGAAGUCCCCAGGCUCCAUCGACACGUGGCCAGGGCGACGAAGUGGUGACAUGAUUGUCAUCACCUCCGUCCUCUCUUCUCUGGCUGGCCUCCUGCUCCUGGCCUUCCUGGCAGCCUCUACUGUGCGCUUCUCGAGCCUGUGGUGGCCUGAGGAAGCCCCUGAGCAGCUUCGGAUUGGCUCCUUCAUGGGCAAGCGCUACAUGACCCACCACAUCCCACCCAGUGAAGCUGCCACCCUGCCGGUGGGCUGUGAGCCUGGCCUGGACCCCCUCCCCAGCCUCAGCCCCUAGCCUGGCCUAUGUGCCUGGUGCUGGGCAGUGAGGGGAAGGAAGGGAGAGACAAGGGUGGAGUGCUCCUUCUCAGCCCUUGCACCCACACGCCCCGCCCCCAUCACACUUCCCCCUGCCUGAAACCCCACCACUAGCAGCCCUGACUGGCUUUCCCAUUUCCCCACUCUCUCCAGGCAACUGAAGUUGCAAGCAGGGGAGUUUGGGUGAGGGCUACGGUCAGGCUGGGCACCACCUCCCUCCCUACCUCUGUUCUGCCUGUCCUGUGAGUGAGGCUGGAGAUAAUGUGGAAAGGCCACCCUGACUGGAAGUUUCCAGGCCCCAGGUGGAGGCCUACAGGGGCCCUGCAGCGAGCCAACCUGGGACCAUCACGGGGUAUAUGAAGUCUGAGCCUCCUCUGUCUCCGUCCCACCGGCCAGUGGCUGGGGCUGCCGUGAAGUCUUCAGAGAUAACUUCACUGUCCCUUCACUGUCAGGAAGGCACAGGCCCUUCCUGAGGGAGGCUAGAAGGUCGGAGCGUAGAUGCACAUGUUGACCGUCUGGCCACUGGGCCACCGCUUCCACCUCCCUUGCACACACAGAGGGUCCUCGCACUUACCUACUCACUCUCACUCCACAGACAUUUGUUAAGUGCCUAGUGCAUGCCCUGCACAGUGUUACGCAUGUAGCCUCAGGCGGAUCUUGGGGCGCUCCCUCACUGCUCUGGACCUCGCUGUAUGUCCAGAGGUGACCUGUUACUGUUGGGAGGCUGUCAGGUCCUCAGAUUGUCACAUAUCCGAGGGCUCACAUUCCCUCAGACAAGCACCCCAAUGGGCUCUCUGGAGUCCGCGAUCACCCACCCCAGUCACUGGAGGACAGGUUUCAGUUCCCCAGCGUCCGUCUGCCUGUAAGGCUGGUGUUACUCUCUGUGGCCACACGAGGGCGACCAGUGCACCGCAGCUGCCGCAGGACAGUCCCGCAUGCGCACUCCUAUUCAUGGACCGGUAGGGCACUGUUUCGCGGCGGGAUCGCGCCAGGCGACCUGAUGUCAAAGAGCUGGCACCACUCAGCAGGGUCUCUGGAGGUCAAGGCUCCAGGCUCCACUUGGAUCACGCGAGAGCCAUACGCAGUCACGCUCCCGCUUGUCCAAUCCGCAGAGUCCCAUCGUUUUGUAGCUGGAGAAACAGGCUCAGUGACUUUCCCCCCCCCGCUGUGCUCUGUCCACUGCUACCCCACCCGGUGUCCCCUGUCCUCUCUAGCCUGACUGCGGUGGCCUGCGGGCUGGGGUACACC